AGGUGGAGUCCUCUGGGAGUUUCAUGUCUCUGAGAUGGCUUUAGGCUGCUUCAGUAGACACAGAACGACUGAAGCAAUGCAGCCAGCCACACCACAGACUGCUGAUGGAGUGAGGGAAAGGUUCCUCAGGGUCAACUGAUUUGAGUGAGGCUGAAGAGGCUGAAAUAGAGACAAUCAAGCAGCACAGGCGGGAGCUUUUGGAGGACAUUAAGAAGCUGAAGGAAGAGAUUGCUGAAGUGUUUGCAGAGAUUGAGUGCUUCCAAAAUGCAAAGGAGAUGCAAGAGGCAGAAGAUAAUCCUGGAGAGCAGACCAGCAAGCUAGUACAGAGGGAUAAAAUUCUGUGCUUGGGCAGGAAAAAAUUCAACAUGGACCCUGCAAAGGGGAUCCAGUACCUGAUUGAGCACCAGGUAUUGUCCUCAGACCUACAGGAGAUAGCCAAAUUCCUUCACAAGGGCGAAGGCCUGAACAAGACAGCCAUUGGGGAUUACCUGGGUGGAAGGGACCCUACAAACAUUCAGAUCCUCCAAGCCUUUGUGGCAUGCCAUCAGUUUGCCAACCUCAACCUGGUGCAAGCACUGAGACAGUUCCUGUGGAGCUUUCGGCUGCCUGGGGAAGCGCAGAAGAUUGACCGGAUGAUGGAGGCCUUUGCCAACUGGUACUGCAAGUGUAACCCAGGAGUAUUUCAGUCCACAGAUACCUGUUAUAUACUCUCCUUCUCUAUCAUCAUGCUUAACACCAGCUUGCACAACCCCAAUGUGAAAGACAAACCUCCCUUUGAAAGGUUUGUAUCCAUCAACAGAGGCAUUGACAAUGGAGGGGACCUGCCAGAAGAGCUCUUGAAGAACCUGUUUGAGAGCAUCAAGAACGAACCAUUCUCUAUACCCGAGGAUGAUGGCAAUGACCUCACACAUACUUUCUUCAACCCUAACCGUGAGGGCUGGCUCCUGAAACUAGGAGGACGUGUGAAAACCUGGAAGCGCCGCUGGUUCAUCCUGACGGAUAACUGCCUGUACUACUUCGAAUAUACCACGGACAAAGAGCCCCUAGGCAUUAUCCCCCUGGAGAACCUAUCAGUUCAGAAGGUGGAUGAUCCCAAAAAGCCAAACUGCUUUGAGCUCUUCAACCCCAACUGUAAAGGGCAGAAGAUCAAAGCCUGCAAAACAGAUGCAGAUGGGAAGGUGGUUGAAGGCAAGCAUCAGUCCUACAAGAUCUCAGCAGCCACACCAGCAGAACGCGACGAGUGGAUUGAGGCAAUAAGGACCAGCAUCACACAGGAUCCUUUCUAUGAUCUGGUCUCUGCUCGUAAGAAAAAGAUUGCCAGCAAAAACUGAGCCCUGACUUGGUCACUGGCAGCAGAAAGAUGUAGUUGUUGGACAGCUUCCCUCCUGUGCUGGGCUCUUCCAGUGAAGAAAUUUGGGAGUAUUGGUUCCCUCUGCCUCCCACUUGGCAGGAAGAUCAAUGACAGGACAUCUUGCCAGAUUUUUUGCUUCCCUUUCCAAACUGAAGGCAGAGGAGCAGGGUGCCACCCAAUGAGGACUUAAGAACUGUGAGCAUGGUCUUUCCCAUGUCCAAAUGUAAGAGCUCAACAGCACUUGGACUUUAGAUUCUCCCAUAUCACCUCAGGCCAUGUAGGACAGGAUCCGAGAGGACACAAGAAUGGUUCUAGAACAUCUCCAGGUCCUCUUGCCUGGCUAUUUUCUUUUUGAGGAACCACAGAGAUGCUCUCAGAGCAGUCAUGCACAGUCCAGUCAGCUGCAGAGCUGAAACACUCCUGUGGUUUGUCUCCACAAGCAGAGGGGUAGUGGUUGUGGAGAAUGGAACACUGAUCUUUAAAACCUCACUCUGAAAGCAGUGGCCAAGGGCAGGCAAGCCUUCUGCACAGAAAAGAGCACUCUUUAACUCUCAUGAGGACUGAAAUCUUAGGAAGUCUCUGCUCUGUACUUGAGCCAGGGGUUUCAGAAAGUUAAAGGUGUUGGAAAGGGAGAUAAGAGGUAACUGAGUGUAGAGAGGCUGCUGGACUAGGGGCAUGCCUCUGCAUCGUUUGUCUCUGUUUUGAGACUUGGGGACCACCACAGGUCUCCCUAGGGAAGAAAUCCAACCAGCAUGCUCUCCUCCUGGCUGAUAGCUACACAACAAACGUUGCCUCCUUCCACCCCACCAGAGGCCUGGGCUUUGUCUGUGGAAGGCCUGCAGCCAGAAGAGAAAUGGGAGGUGUGCACACGCUGCACUCACAAGCACACACAGGCAGAGGCAUUCUCAUCUUCACACAAUAGUUCCACCUCGAGUCUGGUGGUUUUGUCUCUUGCAUAAAGAAAGAAAUAAAAGUGCUUGAAAUAAGCCCGGAGCUCAGGACAAUGCGAUCGUUUUGGUGAUGCAGGCAGAGGAUGUGAGACAGGAGUGUCACAUUCCCGUGCCUAGCCGAGCAUCCUGAGCACCACCGCAGCUCUGCACUGCACCCACAAUGCAGGCAGGCUGAGUGCGUGGCACACGCAGGCAGCAGCUGGGCAGCAGGAGCAGUCCAUGGGACAAGAGCAAAGGUGCAGGGAGCUGUAACGCUGGGAACUGGGAAGAGCAGGGUGACCGACAGCAGCGACUCACUAGAGAACACUUACACCUGCAGCGUUAAAGGGCGUGAAAAGCUACUGCUCUUUCCUCAUCUUUUCAGGUCUCUUCCAGCAAACGUUGGCGCUGUCUCGGGCUCCUGCCUCUUCUCCUCCCUGCAGAGGGCUCUGUCUACCAGGCAAUCCGCAGCAGGGCCAGCACAGCUCCAUUAUUCAUUCCAGUUAUUUUUGCCCAAGCCACAGGAAUGUUGAAUUAAUUUCAGGAGGCAGGGAGCGUAUCUGGGAGCCGAGGCACGCGUUCAGCCUGCAGAAGGAACGUGAAGGUUCUCUUCUGCUUGCCAAUGUCUCCUGUGUUGAGUCUCUUUGUCGUUGAUGUUCCGGCUGCUCAUGUGCUCACACACACAGUGACUCUUGCUUUGGGCUCAGUGCAAGAAGGCAGGGUCCCGUCCAAAGGUGGGAAGUCAAAAUGUAGCCUCUUAUCUUGGCAAGAGAAACAUAAACAUUCACUUGGUUAGCAGAUGUUUCCCCAGGGCCUGGGAUUCAGGUGAGAAACGCCUGCUCUGCUGCCCCUUGGGCUCGUGCUCUCUGUGACAGAAGAUAACAAUGCAUAGAGACAGGCAAUUGUGUAAUUUCCAUCCAUCAAACUGACCUCAAGAGUCGGGAGGAGGUGGACCAGGUCGUCUCUGAAAGACUGAGGUAGGGAGAAAGGCAGCAAGUUUGAGUUCCCAUUGUUUUUCCGUGCUGAAGCCAAGGAAAGGCAAUUUCCAUGCUCCCUUCCCAGUCUCCUCAGUACUGGGAACUCAGUGAUGUUGCCCACCAACAAUGCAACAUAUUCACUCUCAGAGUGUUAUCCU